AUGGCCCGUCAACCUGAGCCUAUUGCUAUUGUCGGCAGCGGCUGCCGCUUCCCGGGUGAUUCCACCUCCCCUUCCAAGCUUUGGAGCCUGAUCCGCGAGCCGCGAGAUGUCGUCUGCGAGAUUCCUCCUGAGAGGUUCAACACCACUGGGUUCUACCAUGCGGAUGGUAAUCACCACGGUACCACCAAUGUCCGUCACUCAUACCUCAUGAACGAUGCCGACCUCAAGGCUUUUGAUGCUGCCUUCUUCAACAUCAGCCCCAAUGAGGCCGAUUCCAUUGAUCCCCAGCAGCGUCUUCUCCUCGAGACCGUCUACGAGGCCAUGGAGGCUGGUGGCCACACCCUCAAGGCCCUCCGUGGAUCCGAUACUGCGGUCUAUGUUGGCACCAUGGGCGUUGACUACAAUGAUGCCCUUCUGAGGGACCUCAGCACGAUACCCACCUACUUCGCCACUGGUACCAACCGUGCCAUCAUCUCCAACCGUGUCUCGUACUUCUUUGACUGGCAUGGCCCUUCCAUGACCAUCGACACGGCUUGCUCUUCCAGUCUCAUUGCCGUCCACCAAGGUGUUCAGGCUCUGCGUACUGGAGAGUCUCGUGUCGCUGUAGCAUGUGGAACUCAGGUCAUCCUCGGACCUGAGGUCUUCAUCUUCGAGAGCAAGAUGAAGAUGUUAUCCCCAACUGGUCGCUCUCGCAUGUGGGACUCCGAGGCUGAUGGCUACGCCCGUGGUGAGGGUGUUGCCGCCAUCGUGCUGAAGCGUCUGAGCGAUGCCAUUGCCGACGGUGACCACAUCGAGUGCGUAAUCCGUGAGACUGGUGCCAAUCAGGACGGAUUCUCCAAUGGUAUUACUGUCCCCAACACUGAGGCCCAGGCCAUGCUCAUCAGCCAGACCUACCGAAGAGCGGGGCUGGACCCGGCCAACAAUCCCGAUGAUCGUCCCCAGUUCUUUGAAGCCCACGGCACCGGCACCAAGGCUGGUGACCCCAAGGAGGCUGCUGCCAUCCACGAGUGUCUUGGCAAGUUUGCUGAUGAGGAUGCUCCCCUCUACGUCGGCUCUGUCAAGACUGUCAUCGGUCACACCGAGGGUGCCGCCGGUCUUGCAGGCCUCCUGAAAGGGUCUGGAAUCAUCCAGCAAGGAUUCAUCCCGCCCAACCUGCUGUUCAACAAUCUCAACCCCGCAAUCAAGCCCUUCUACGAGGGUGUCAAGGUGCCCACCACUCUCCAGCCCUGGCCUAAGCUGCCCGAGGGUGUUCCCCGUCGUGUGAGUGUCAACAGCUUUGGCUUCGGCGGUAGCAAUGCCCACGCCAUUCUCGAGGAGUACCGCCCAGAAGUUGAAGUGCAGGAAACGCCGUCGAGGGCUCCGUUUACCCCCUUUGUCUUCUCUGCCGCCUCCGAGGCAUCACUGGUUGCCCAGUUGCAGGCUUACUCUGACUAUCUCGGAGAGGCUCCCGACAUACACCCGGCCGACCUGGCCUGGACCCUGCAGUCUCGUAGGAGUCAGCUGUCGUUCAAGCUUUCCAUCUCUGCGGCGACGAUUGAGGAGCUCAAGACCAAGAUUGACGAAAAACUCGCUCCUCUUACCAAGACCCCAGGUACUGCCGUUGGCAUCCGGUCCAACACCAAGAUCACGGAUGCCCCACGUGUCCUGGGUGUCUUCACUGGACAAGGUGCUCAGUGGCCUGCUAUGGGAGCUGACCUCAUCAGGUCAUCUCGCUUCGUUGCCACGCGUGUUCGGGAGCUCGAGGGCUUCCUGAACUCCCUCCCCGAAGCAGACCGUCCUGGGUGGAGUCUGGAGAAGGAGAUGCUCGCAGGAGCAGACACCUCUCGGAUUGCCGAGGCGGCUCUGUCGCAGCCCCUAUGCACAGCCAUCCAGAUAGUACUCGUUGAUCUCCUUCUAUCGUCUGGCAUCAGCUUCUCUUCUGUUGUCGGCCACUCUUCCGGUGAGAUCGGCGCUGCAUACGCUGCAGGUCUCCUUUCCGACAAGGACGCCCUGCGCAUCGCCUAUUACCGCGGAGUGUACGCCGAGCUUGCUGGAAAUGCAGCUACCAACCGGAAGGGCUCCAUGAUGGCGGUUGGAACGACAUGGGAGGACGCCCAAGACCUUCUCCGCCUCAGAGCUUUCAAGGGCCGCCUGGCCAUCGCUGCCCACAACUCAUCAGCCAGCGUGACAUUGUCCGGCGAUAUUGAUGCCAUCUUGCACGCCAAGAAGGUAUUUGACGAGGAGAAGAAGUUCUCCAGGGUCUUGAAGGUUGACACGGCCUACCACUCUCACCACAUGCUCCCCUGCGGUGAUCCCUACGUUGCCGCCCUCAAGGCAUGUGGUGUCACCGUCAAAUCGAACCCCAACCCGUCGUGCUCGUGGUUCUCCAGCGUCACUGCGGAUGCCAGGCCUGUCGAAUCCAGCGAGGCUCUCCAGGGUACCUACUGGCAGGAUAAUAUGCAGAACGCCGUUCUCUUCUCCGACGCCAUCAAGAAUGCCAUGCAGGCCGAUGACCAGAUCGCCUAUGCUAUCGAGGUCGGUCCUCAUCCCGCCUUGAAGGGACCCGCUGCGCAAAACAUUGGUGAGGUUCGCAGCACCCCUCUGCCGUACACUGGCAUUCUCAGCCGCGGGAAGAGCGGUGUUCAUUCCUUCUCGGAUGCCCUGGGCUUUGUCUGGAACCUGUUUGGCUCACAGGGCGUCGACUUCUCCUCUUACGAGAGGCUUGUUUCUGGAACCACCUCGGAUCCCAAGCUUGUCGUCGGUCUACCUUCUUACAAGUGGAACCACGCCAGGGCUCACUGGCUCGAGUCUCGACGGUCUCGCAAGAUCCGUGGACGCCCCCAGCCCUUCCAUGAGCUCCUUGGUGUCCGGUGCCCCGACUCGACCGAUCGUGAGGUGCGCUGGCAAAACGUCCUCAAGGCGUCUGAGAUCCCCUGGAUGGAGGGCCACCAGCUCCAGGGCCAGACCGUCUUUCCUGCUGCCGGGUACUGUGCCGUUGCUAUCGAGGCAGCCAGGUCAGUCGCCGGUGAUUCUGCUGUAGAAGUUCUGGAGCUUCACAACCUCUCCAUUCCCCGCGCCAUCACUUUCGAGGAUGACACCAACACUGGCGUCGAGAUUCUCGUUACCUUGACCGGAAUCACUACUGUCGGCAAAGAUACAACUGCUGACUUUGCUCUCUACUCUUGCCCUGUUUCCGGUGCUGAGCAGGAGAUGGAGCUUACGGCCAGUGGAAACAUCAGAAUCUCUGUCGGAGAGCCGCAUCUUGAUACUCUGUCCUCCACUCGCCUCCCCGACUCCAACAUGGUGGCCGUCGAUACCGACAGGUUCUACGCCUCGCUCUCCAGGCUCGGCUACGGCUACUACCAGACGUUCCGAGGCAUGUCGUCUCUCAAACGCCGACUGAACCAGUCCUCCGUCAUGGUUGAUACGUACCCGUAUCAGGAUUCUGACUCGACUGUCUACCUGGUGCACCCCACUUGGCUGGACGUUGCUUUUCAGGCGUCCAUGCUGGCCUUUUCCGCCCCUGGCGAUGAGCGUCUGUGGUCCCUGCAUGUGCCGACAGCUAUCCGCAGCAUCCGUCUGAACCCCGAGGUCUGCGGCACACUUCCCCUGUCCCAGACCAAGAUUCCCGUCUGCUCGGUUCUCUCCGAUACUAGAGAGUUCUCCGCAAGUAUCGACUUGUUCAAUGAAGAUGGCUCCUUGGCCAUGGUUCAGGUCGAGGACUUGGAGAUCAAGCCCUUUGCUCCCGCCACGGCUGCCGACGACCGCCGUCUGUUCUCGUGGACGAAGCUGGAUGUUGCCUCGCCAGAUGGUGCGUCCGUGGUUCAAGGCACUUGUCCCACAGCUUCCGAGGCCGCCAUCGCUGCUCUCUGCGAGCGUGUCUCCCUCUACUAUCUUCGCAAGUGGAAGGCCGAGAUCGCUGAUGAGGAUUGGGCCGAUGGCCAGCCUCACUACUCUGCUCUGCGAGACUACAUGAACUACGUGCUCGACCUUGUGACACGGGGCCGCCACCCGACCAUCAAGAAGCAGUGGAUGGGCGAUACCCCUGAGGAUAUCAAUUCUCUUACCAGCGAGUUCCCCAACGAUGUCGACAUCAAUCUCCUCCGUGCUGUGGGUGAGAAUAUCCCAGCUGCUGUACGGGGUGAGACGACCAUUCUCGAGCACAUGCUUCCCAACAACCUGCUCAAUGACUUCUAUAAGAAGGGUCUUGGGUUCGCAACCUACAACACCUUCCUGGCGCGUAUGAUGAAGCAGUUGGUCCACCGCUACCCUCAUGCUAAGAUUCUUGAGAUUGGUGCCGGAACAGGCGGUGCCACCGCUGCCGUGCUGAAUUCUAUCGGCCACAAGAUGUCGUCGUACACGUACACCGAUAUCUCGGUCGGUUUCUUCGAGAAGGCGACAGAGAUCUUCAAGGAGUACAGCGACAAGAUGACUUUCAAGACCCUAGAUGUUGAAAAGAGCCCCUCCACCCAGGGAUACCAGACGGGCGCUUAUGAUAUCGUUAUUGCUUCCAAUGUCUUGCAUGCCACGUCUUCGAUGCAGAAGACGCUAGAGCACACACGCCAACUCUUGAAGCCCGGUGGUUACCUGAUGCUCUUAGAGCUGACCAGCAAUGGCCCCGUGCGCUUCAGCAACAUCAUGGGUGGCCUGGCAGGCUGGUGGCUUGGUGUGGACGACGGUCGCAAGUAUGCUCCGACAAUGACCCCCAGCCAGUGGCACAGCUGCCUCCGCAAGGCCGGGUUCGGUGGUGUCGACGCCAUAACGCCUGAGAUUGACACGCUCGCUUGGCCAUUCUCCAUCAUCGCGUCACAAGCUGUGGACGAGCGCGUCGACUUUCUGCGCAAGCCCUUAACCCGCAAGUCCAAGUCCUCCUCAUCCACCACCGUCUUUCUGGAGAGUGUUGUUAUUCUUGGAGGCACGAGCCUCGAGGGAUCCCGUAUUGCCGAGGAGAUCACGGAGAUACUGGAGCGAUUUUCAGGUGAAAUCAUCACCCUUGAUGGUUUGCCUACCGAGGACGAGGCUGCCUCGUUGGCACCCAUGAGCACCUUCAUCAACCUUGUCGACAUUGACACCCCGAUCUUCCAAGAUGUGACGUCAGAUACGAUUGAAGGUCUCAACCGCGUCUACGAGCUUGCAAAGAACAUUCUGUGGGUGACGCACAGGGCUCAGACCGAAGAACCGUACCACAUGGCCAGUAUCACCUUUAGCCGUUCGAUUCACCACGAGACGGGCCACAUCAACAUGAACCACCUCGACGUCUCGGACCUUGAUGACAAUGUAUCCAAGUCCAUAGUCGAGCACCUCCUGCGCCAGUGUGCUCUUAUGGAGUGGGGCGGUGGGACGGGCUACCGCAACGAAAACGACAAAAUCAUCUGGUCCAAGGAGCCCGAGACCUAUCUGGAGCGUGGUCUGCUCAAGAUUCCUCGCCUGGUUGACAAUGUCGGCCAGAAUUCCAGGCUCAACUCGGCCCGUCGCGUCAUUACCACUUCGGCAACCGCCGAGUCCGACAUGUUCUUAUCUGCCUCAGACUCCGGGUCCCUCGCCCUCAUUGAGCAGUCCAUUCCCACAUCUAGGGUCAAAAACAGCACCGAAGGUGUUGUCAAGGUAGACCUCUCGUCUGUGCAUGCCAUCAAUGUUGCCGUCGAUAGCUUCCUCUUUGUCGGCAUAGGAAAGGAGGGCGGCAAGUCGACUGUGACGCUCUCGGACGCCAAUUCGCGCGAAAUCGUUCCCGUUGCUAGUACCGCCACGGAUGCUUCCCUCUCUCUGCAGUCCCAGCUCGUUUCGACGGUCGCUGAGCUCCUCGCUUCGGCCCUGCUUCGAAAGGUGUCGCCUGGGAGCAGUGUUCUGAUCCACGCCUCGGGAAACGACCGCCUGUUUGCUGGUGCUGUAUCCCGUCAAGCCGCUGAGAAGUCUAUCCGGGUGACUUUCAGCUGUGACGCGUCCUCUUCUGCCGACGCACCCGCGUCCUGGAUCAAGCUGAGCGCACGCACUCCCAGACACAUUGUGGGGAAAUCUGUGCUGCCUUUCAAGCCAAGCCACUUCCUGGAUUUGACUAUCCUGAACAACGAACUCAGCCUCGCAAAUAUCAACAACGCUGUCAUAAAUGCCAACAGCGCUGUCAGCUGGAUGUUCAAUGGAGAUGUCAAGGUUGAGGUCAGGCCUCUGGAGUCAGACCGUCUAUUCUCAAAGGACAAGACCUAUCUCUUGGUUGGACUGACCGGACAGAUCGGCCAGUCUCUGUGUGAGUGGAUGGUGGCUAACGGAGCCGGCUGCGUGUGCCUCACAAGCCGCAACCCCAAGAUCGAUGCCAAGUGGCUCGCAUCAUUCAAGGACUCGGGCUCCGACGUCAAGGUAUUCUCUCUCGACGUGACAGACAAAAACGCGGUCGAGAAGGUGGUUGAUGAGGUCAAGGCUACAUGCCCGCCCAUUUCUGGCGUCGCCAACGGGGCCAUGGUUCUCCACGACUGCUUGUUCUCCAAGAUGUCAGCCGAUAUCUUCCGAAAGGUUCUCGGCCCCAAGAUUGAUGGGUCUCGCCACCUCGAUGAGAUAUUUCAUGACGACGACCUUGACUUCUUCAUCUUGUUCUCGUCUUCAGCUUGCGUCAUUGGAAAUUCUGGUCAGUCCAACUACGCUGCCGCCAAUGGAUACCUCAAUACCCUCGCCCGUCAGAGGCGUCGCCGUGGCCUCGCUGCCUCUGCUUUCGAUAUCGGCCGAGUGGCUGGUAUCGGAUACGUCGAGACAGCUGGGCAGGCUGUCAUGGACCAGCUCACCCGCUUCGGUCUAAUGGCCAUCUCCGAGACCGAGUUUCGCCAGAUGUUUGCCGAGACUAUCCGCGCCGGCUACCCCAGGCCUGAAGAUCGCAAUGAGUCCAUCGUCCCAUUUGCCGUUGUCACCACUUGUAUCCGCACUAUCAGUGAUGAUGAGGAGUCUGGGCCAUGGUUUGACAACGCCAUCUUCUCACACUGUAUCAUCGAGGCCAACGGUUCGAAGUCGGAUGAUGGGAAUGCCAGCAAGAAGAAUUCUCUUCCCGUAUCCGAGCAGCUAGCUUGCGCAGCUGACAAAGACCAAGCCCUCGAUCUUUUGCAAGAAUGCUUCGCCACCAAGCUCAAGAUCAUGCUGCAGAUCUCGGGACAAGAGAUCAACCCCGAGACUUCUCUCGUGGAGCUUGGUGUUGACUCCCUUGUUGCCGUCGAGGUCCGUUCGUGGUUCCUCAAGGAGCUUCAGGCCGAUGUCCCGGUCCUCAAGAUUGUGGGCGGUGCGACUGUUGCCGAGCUCUGUCAACGCGCCCUGGACAAGAACUUCUCUCACUCAUCGGGACUAGAGACGCAAGCAAGGUCGAGGUCUCCGAUAAGCACAGACUCCAAGGGGGCUUCCACGCCGGCCACGGAGCCCACCUCGAGGUCGGGCUCACCCGAUGGAGUCGCAUCCAAGACGGCCAGUAUGUCGUCUCCGCCCCCGCAACGACCAGCCGCAGAGCGUCCGGUGAGGAGGUUUUUGAAGCCUGAGCUGAUGUCAUUUGGUCAGUCCAGGUUCUGGUUCCUGAGGCUACUUCUUGAUGACCCCACCACUUCCAACGUGUCCUUCUACUACAAGGUCACCGGCAGCCUCCGAAUCGGUGACUUGGAGAAAGCAGUCCGCCAGGUUACGAUCAGGCACGAGACCCUUCGAACAGCCUUUGUUGAGCACGAGACGAGAGCCGACCAAGCUUACCAAAAGGUCAUGAGCAGCUCCCCCGUCCGUCUCGAGCUCAAGAAGGCCUCGUCGGUGGAUGAGGUUGUCGAGUAUCGCAAGCUGCAGAAGCACGUCUCCACUCUGGAAGACGGCGAACUUAUCCGGCUCGUUCUCGUUUCCCUUUCUCCCACGGAUCAUUAUCUCCUUUUCAACUACCAUCACAUCACCAUGGACGGCGUCAGCUUCCAGGUCUUCGUUCAUGACCUCGAGAAAGCCUACAAGGGCCAGUCUCUUGGACCUGCCCCUCGCCAGUUCCUCAACUACUCCCGCGCCCAGCGUCGGGCCCUUGAGAGCGGCGAACUCGAUGACCAGCUCAAGUACUGGAGGACCAUCUUCCCCGAUGAUCAGGAGCCGCCUGUCCUCCCACUCCUCCCCAUGGCACGAACGACCUCGCGACUUGCAAUGAAGAACUUUGGUGUCCACCAGGUCAUGGAGAGGAUCGAGCCCGAUGUGGUGGCACGUAUCAAGACCAUGUCCAAGUCUCAAAAGUCGACACCCUUCCACUUCUACCUGGCCACAUUCAAGACUAUGCUGUUCAGCUUCACCGAAACCAGCGAUCUGACCAUUGGUAUUGCCGAUGCCAAUCGGAACGAGGGCAAUGUCGCCAACAGCAUUGGGUUUUUCCUCAACCUGCUAACUCUCCGAUUUCGCCGCCAGGAUAGCCAGCGCUUCUCCGACGCCAUUUCUGAGGCCCGCAGGACAACUUACGGGGCCCUUGGCAACUCGAGGCUGCCCUUUGACAUCCUUCUCAAGGAGCUCAACGUGACUCGGUCACCAGACUACAGCCCAUUCUUCCAGGCGUUCUUCGACUACCGUCAGGGUGCCCAAGAGAAGUUCCCCUGGGCCGAUGCUCGGUUUGAGUUCCAGGAGCUCCACCCCGGUCGAACUGCCUACGACAUCACCCUGGAUGUGACGGAUAAUGCCACCGACUCCCUUAUCAAGUUCCGCGUCCAGACGGGAUUGCUGGUAUCAGCCUGGAGCGCCACUCUUCCUAGCCGCAUCGACGGCGUGGCCCGAGACAGCAAGGACAGGCCGGCUGCCAAGGAUGAUCUCGGGAAUCAUCUGACGUACGCGGAGCUCAUCGACCGUACCGAGGCGAUUGCUGAAGCCUUGCAAAGUUCGGGCGUCAGUGCUGGGCAUUGUGUUCCCGUGUUCCAGACUGCCUCUGCUGACUGGAUCUGCUCCAUGCUGGCCAUUGUGCGUCUCGGGGCGGUCUAUCCGGCUGCUGUUCUCGUCGACACCACGACCCGGGACGAUGUUGAGCAGCUCAACGUCCCCAACGCGAGCAUCAUCGAUGUCUCGACUGUGGGUGCCGAGGUAUCCAAGCCCGUUGGCAAUGUCUCCAAGGCCGACGAACCUGCUGCUAUACUGUACACCAGCGGGUCUACGGGCACGCCCAAGGGCAUCGUGGUGACCCAUGCCGGCCUGCGCAACGAGAUCGAGGGUUACACCAACAUGUGGAAGCUUGGUGCCGAGCGGACGCUGCAGCAGAGCGCCUUCACCUUUAACCAUUCGUGCGAUCAGAUCUACACGGGACUGAGCAAUGGCGGCAUCGUCUAUGUCGUCCCCUGGAGCAAGCGUGGUGAGCCCGAAGAGAUUGCCAGGAUUAUCAGGGAGGAGGGGAUUACUUACACGAAGGCCACCCCGGCCGAGUACUCACUCUGGCUGCAGUACGGGAUCGAUCACCUGAAGCACGCGACCAGCUGGCGAGCCGCAUUCGGUGGUGGCGAGCCUAUGACAAGCGCCCUGACCAACGCCUUUGCCGACUUGAAUCUCCCCCAGCUUCGUCUGCACAACUCUUACGGCCUGACCGAGGUAUCCAUCUCGUCCACCAAGCUGGAGCUCGACUACCACGACCGUGAGGCAAUGGCUGACGGCCGCUUUCCUUGUGGCCUGUCGCUUUCCAACUACCAUGCCUACAUUGUGGACGACAAGCUCCAGCCUCUGCCUGCGGGGAUGCCAGGCGAGCUCUGCAUUGGCGGCGCCGGCGUGUCCCUGGGCUACCUCAAGAACAGAGAGCUGACUGGCAAGCUCUUCGUCGCCAACCCGUUUGCCACUGCCGACGAUGUGGCCAAUGGGUGGACCCGCAUGUACCGCACCGGUGACAUCUGCCACCUCCAGGAUGACGGCUCGAUGGUCUUCCACAACCGUAUUGCCGGCGGCACCCAGGUCAGGAUUCGCGGUCUCCGCAUCGAGCUGAGCGACAUCGAGAGCAACAUUGUCGCUACCUCUGAGGGGGUCGUCAAGGAGGCCGUCGUGUCCCUGCGCCGGGGUGACCCGGACUUCCUUGUUGCCCAUGUUGCGUUCACAGCCGGUCACGAACCCGACACGGCUGCCGAGGCUGAGGCUUACCUCGACGGUCUGCUGAGCCGUCUCCAGAUCCCGCAGUACAUGGUUCCCGUCAUGGCCAUCGCGAUCGAGAAGAUGCCCCUGACCAACCACUCCAAGACUGACCGCCGGGCUCUCAAGGAAAUUGCCCUGCCUCGUCGCACCCAGGCUGGUGCUCGGGGAGCUGUCGGUGACGAGGAGUUGACUGAGACGAUGCUGCAGCUCAAGUCUACGAUCUACCGCUUCCUCCCCGCCCAGGUUUCCAGGGUCGCUACCUCGCAGUUUGUCCUGGAUGAAUUUGUGCGCCCGGUCGACGUCAGCGGCAUCGCCCCCGACCUGACUGGCUGGGAUGGCCGCAUGGACAUGAUGCCGGCCCAGCAGGCGUCGAGCUGGAUCCUCGACUCGAUCCUCGACUCUGCCGAGAACGGCCGGGUGGGGGUCAACUUCAAGCACAUCGAGAACCCCACGGUAGUUGACAUUGAGGAGCUGCGGUCUACGAUCAAGGCAGAGCGUCCUCGCACGGUCGGCUCAGAAAUGAUGCCUGGGCUGAAGUGGAUCGGACACAUCAAGAAGCUCGGCUUUGACUUUCUGCUCACGUCGCAGGAGGCGAGUGUUCAAGGAGGAGGAGCUGAGGGAGUGUUUGUAUCGAGACGGUGA